AUGGCAACAACAAGUGAGUCUGACUUCGAUUAUGUUCUCAGUCAACGCAAAGCAUUUGAUGAAACAAAAGCUGGUGUCAAAGGGCUUGUUGAUGCAGGUACUAAGAAGGUUCCUAGCAUAUUCCGUGUUCCACCUGAGAAAUCUGAGAAGAAGGUCUCAAAUUUAAGCAACACAAGCCAUGUUAUUCCAGUGAUAGACCUUGCAGAUAUUCACACGGAUGCAAGUAAGCGCCACGAGCUUGUUGAAAUAGUCAAGAGGGCAUCUCAAACAUGGGGUUUCUUUCAGGUGGUCAAUCAUGAGAUCCCAGUGAGUGUUCUUGAGGAGAUGAAAAAUGGAGUCAAAAGGUUUCAUGAGCUGGAUACUAAAGACAAAAAGGAAUUCUAUUCACGAGAUAGAACAAAACCCUUUUUCUAUAACAGCAAUUUUGAUCUAUAUGGCUCACAGCCAGCACUCAAUUGGAGGGAUACUUUUAAGUGCUUGUUGUAUCCUGAUGCCCCCAAACCAGAAGAAAUUCCUGUAGCAUGCAGAGACAUACUGCUGGAUUACAGGAAAUACAUAAUGAAGCUUGGGAUUUUACUUCUUGAGAUGUUUUCAGAAGCUUUGGAUCUGAUUCCAAACUAUCUUAAAGAUUUGGGAUGUGCAGAAAGAGUAUUUGGUAUUUGCCAUUAUUAUCCUGCAUGUCCGGAACCAGAUUUGACUAUGGGAACCACCGCGCAUGCUGACAAUGAUUUCUUCACAAUCCUUCUCCAGGACCACAUUGGUGGCCUCCAAAUAAGAUGCGAUGACAAGUGGAUUGAUAUAAACCCUGUACCUGGUGCUUUGGUAAUUAAUAUUGGCGAUCUUUUGCAGCUUGUAACAAAUGAUAGAUUGAAGAGUUCUGAACACAGAGUGCUUUCAAAUCAUGUUGGUCCAAGAAUAUCUGUUGCAUGCUUUUUCAGCCCUGGUGCUGAGGCAUCCUUAAGGCCUUUAGGACCUAUAAAGGAACUAUUAUCUGAAAAGGAUCCUCCAAAAUAUAGGGAAACUACAUUUACUGAGUAUGAAGCCUACUUUGUUGCAAAAGGACUGGAUGGUAGAAGUGCUCUUGCACCUUUCAAGAUUUGA